GAAUACCCCCAGUUUGGUCUGCAAUCGUAUGACGAUCCUAUACGGCCCAUCAGUUAUUAAUUAAUCCCAGACAUAAACUUGACAACAGCACAACGGAAAGAAUCGCCGUGCGUGCCAGACGUCACGAGUACGCAAUAGAGGGCCACAAAACGGGGCAAGGUCCUGUUGUACCCAACCAUCCAUCACAAACUGUUGGCAACUUGUCAACUGUCGCCUGUAUACUCUGGCCUUGACUUUUAAAGCAUGUUAGAGCUUUAUUAUGAUACGGAUCGUUUCGAGUUAAAUGACGCAUCCCCGAUAAUUUGAUGCGUAUUGACAUGUCUUAAAACCGUGCCCAUAUUUAGAUAGCAGUCCGUAUGUUUAUUUGACCCGAUAUAUGAUUUAUAAGUACCGUCUGGAUAUGUUAAGGGUAGGGGGAACGGCCAUGUGACCUUAGCCUCAGCAUGUCGUGUCUUAAUUCUAGUAAUAAACCACAGGCCUGGGCCUAAAUAGAAACAUACUUGUGAAAUCUCGGGAUUGGCAAUGAUGUAUUAGCCGUAUACGGGCUGGGCGAGGUUGUUGUUGGCUCCUGCAAGCGGUGGUCGUACACUACAAACGCCUGGGUGUGGGAACACCAACGAAACUUGACACGGCCUCUAGAAGCUUCGAGCGGCGGGCUUUGUCCGGCAGUCGAGCAGAAAAGACUUUGGACACACACGCGUAGCUCUCUCGACAACCGAGUCCGACUGCACACACCGAGUUUCAAAACAACCCGCUGUGUGCUAUAGAUCCCUAUUCCCUACGUGCUAAGAGCGGCGGUAUUUCGACAUGAGCGCGCUCCGUCUGGACCCCAAGAAAAAGUACGUGUGGCGAGGCUGCGGAGUUCCCGAGGAGGCCUUCAGCUUCUGCGGGCGAGACGUCGUCAUCCAGGAGAGUUUCGGAGGGGGCGGAGAGGCGGCCAUCAUCUGGCCGGCGGCCAUCAUUAUGGGGCGAUAUCUGGAGGCAAAUAAAGACUCUGUGGUGGACAGAAACGUCAUUGAACUGGGAGCUGGGACCGGACUGACCGGAAUAGUCGCCAGUUUGUUGGGCGCCAAGGUCACGCUCACCGACACAAAAGAGGCUUUAGAAUCGACGUCAAUUAACGUCGGCAGGAACACGAAGAAAGUGCGGCACGCUCCCAAGGUACAGCAGCUGAGAUGGGGGGCGGACCUGCACAUGUACCCCGAGUCCGACCACUACGACUACAUCCUGGGUGCCGACAUCAUCUACAUCGAGGACACCUUCCCCGACCUCCUGCGCACUUUGCGGCACCUGUGUGACCGGGACACGGUCAUCCUCCUGGCCAGUAAGAUCCGGUACCCCCGGGACGAGCGCUUCUACAGCAUGUUACGUCAGGAGUAUGACGUCAGGGUCGUCAAGGAAGACAGGGAGGAGGAGGUUAAAAUCUACAAAGCCACGCUGCCGAGAAGGGACGUCGCCGCCAUGCCUUGUUAGACAAGGC